AUGCGAAGCACAAGCUCUCAGCCUGCCAAAUGCAACUUUGUUAUAGGAAUUGUCAAAAAUAUCUUUACUGGACUUGCUGACUAUUAUCUGACAAUUUUUCCUCCGUCCCAAUCAUCUUCAUCGGCGCCAGGUGAUGCGGGGCUCUGGGGCUUGUGUAACUUUCAGCUUCUAAUAACCGAUAUUAACAACAACGCGCCUAUAUUCGAUCCCAGCGUAUAUCGAGUGAUACUUCAGCUAGGCCUGGCGUACGGACCCCCAGCUGUUCAGUUGACUCAGGUGAUCGCGAUCGACGGAGAUGAUCCAGAUCAGGCAACCGGACAAGUGCUGUACCGGUUCAAGGGGACAGCGAAUCCCAUCUUCAAUGUGAAUGGCAACACUGGCGCCAUUUUAAUCAGUGGAACGCCGACCGCGGUAUGUCUAGCAUAG